AUCUCAUCCAUAUUACUGAGAAAGCUCUUUCUUUCACUACGACAUUUGUCAUCAGAUUCUAUCUCGUUGUAUCAUGGACAGCAACGUCUAUCUGGGAGUGUGGACUAACUGGUCAAAUGGAACGGUUAUGGGCUCGACGCUUACCACGACACGUAGAGAUGGUAAUCUUUUGAUUGCUUUCACCGGUUUCCUCAUCCCGUUCGUGGCUUCCCGGUUCUGGAGUAUCAUCUGCCUCAUCUUCCAUAUACACUACUCGAGUGUUAAAUCUAAGGAUGCGAUUCAUCAUCAACGCCAAAUCCUACUUCGAAACUCAUCGUCACCAGAGACAGGGCUCCUCUCGCUGUUUCGGCUUUUCUGGGCAUGGCGCAAGUCAGAGAAGGAGGAUAAACGGCAUUUUCACCUGCUACCGAUCAUUCUUAUUGCCGUCUGUUGUGUCUCUGCGUUUACUGCUGCUGGUGGAUUCUCCUCACAGAUCUCUACUGCCCCUGGCGACGAGGUUCUGAUGAGGGGUGAUAACUGUAGUUUCUUACAACUCCCCACCAACGUUCUAGGCGGUAAUUUGACCAGCGUGAUGUCCGGAGUCGGGAAAUUAACUUCCCAAAGCGUCAACGAUGCUGCAAACUACGCCCAACAAUGCUACUCGGCAGAUAGUUCUGGAAUUCUCGAUUGCGACAAGUUUGUUCUCCCAAGUCUUCCAACUGCAGUCUGGGACAACAAUACUGGCUGCCCUUUCCAAGACGAUAUAUGCCGCACUAAUACGUCAAACUUGCUUCUUGACAGCGGGUACAUUGAUAGUAACGAUGACCUAGGCAUUAACGCACCAGAAGAUCAAAGAUUCGCAUUACGAUACGUGCUUCAAUGCGCCCCACUAGUAACACAAGGUCACGCAACUGAGGUCAGCAUUCAAAACAGAACUUGGGUAAGGUACAACUAUGGAACCCUCGCGAAUGAGCCACAAUCACUCAAUUUCACCUACGAAACCUAUGGUCUAGACACGCAAUAUCCCUUUGGGGUAAUUUGGGGAACUGGUUCCAAUCUAAAGUUAAGCAAAUUGUUCUCUCCAACCUUCCAAGGAAUGCCUUACUCGGCGGGCGCAGAUUUCGUCCCUCUUCUUCAACUAUUCCGACCGGACGGGGACCUCAAUCUAUUAUUUCUAUCAGGAAAUGGGAUUUCGUUUCUCAACUCCAUGGACGAUGACUGGUACCGAGCGACUGUUCCCAACGAACUUGUUAACUUCGCGGGGGAAGGAACCGCAACGAGCUUUACGCCAGUGGAAGCUGCGAGUCCAAUGGGUUGUGUCGAGCAAUGGCAGUGGUGUAACUCUGCCUACCCUAGAGAAAGUGGGUGUGGACCACUUGCUGGAUUCAUGGAUGCGCUUUUUGGUGCUGCCGCAUUAUUUAAUCUGACGCAGGAAGACCUGACCAAUGGAACAAAAACUCCGACAGCCGCCGGAGCAAGGUUUAUAUGGUCGGCAGCAGUGCUGGAUGUGGGCGUUGCCAGCCUUCAUGUUGUGACAGCACAACUCGGUGCGAAAUCGUUAGCAUCUCAAGCCCUCCUUGACAGUGCUCUCCAGUACCCAUUACCAUUAAACCAAUGGCAACUUGAUGUAACAAAUUGGUUCAACACGAUACUUGCUGGAUUACAGGCGACGUACGUCGAGAUGACAACAGGAAUCACGGACCCAGCCUUGAAGGAGUUUGCAAUGACACCGAGCAACGCUGGGGAGCACAAGAUCUGCAAUAGCCAAAAGGUUCUAAGCACAUCCUACUCAUCAUUCAGCCUUUUCGGGUUGUUAUUCACAUACAUCAUCGGCAGCCUCAUCAUCAUCAUAUCAUUCGUGAUGGAGCCCAUCCUCCGCACCCUUCAGAAACGGCGCAAGUACAAAGAGUAUGCGAUCCUUGAGUGGACAACAAACGAAGCUCUACAGCUGCAUCGCCUUGCGAACGAGGAGCUUCAGCUAGGAACAUGGUCUGGCUGUACUGACAUGAUCCCUACCACUAAGAGAGGAGAAAUGCUAGCCAGUCUGGACAUCAGUGACUUGGACCACCCUAUUCUUGCUCCAGUGGCCGAAAAAGCUAAGCAGAAGAAUAAUCCUCACGGAGGCUUAAGGGAAAGCUCCAUGGAGCAGGCUCAGCAGGGCCCAAAAUUGGUGUUCGUAUCGAUUGCAAAUAGCGUUGACGGCGAUACACUCUCGGGCGACCAGGCAGAUGAUGAUGCUCGGGUCUCUAAUUCUCAGCCACCAUCGCACAGCCAACAGUCACUCGAGGGACAUGGACGAUAUCGAACUCAUAUAACGGACGAGUAUCUGACAGUUCCCGACCACUCUGAUCCACGCCUCCAGUCACAACCCGGAGUACGGGAGCCUUUCCCCAGAAGUGGCGAAGUGGACGAGUCACACUCGAGGGCAACUUACAUUUCUCUCAAUCCUAAUUCUAGGCUCAUCUGAUGCUUGUAUUUUGAAGUCAUGAUAAUGGAUUGGGAAGAAUGAAGAACACGCCCAAGUCCUGAUCUACUGGGAAAGUUGUAGAUGGAAAACUAGAGAUAUUCAAGAAAGGAGGCUUGAGCUUCUGCAAGCAAAAGGAGGUAUGGCUGGCCUAAAUUCACUGUUGGGCGGUCAACGAACUCGAGGAAGUAGACAGAGAGAAAAACAGGUUAAGAUCUAGACUGGCU